AUGAUAUUGGAUAAAGCCAAUUUACAACUCAAUCCACCCAAAUGUUCAUUCGCUAAACCAGAGAUGGAUUACUUAGAUCACACAGUUAAUCAUGACGGUAUAAAACCAUUACAAGAGAAUAUCGAUGCCAUUAUCAAUCUACCAGAACCAACGACGGCCAAACAAGUUCAUUCGUUCGUCCAAGCUGCAAAUUAUUAUCGGACGUUUAUUCAAGAUUUUGGGAAAAUUGCAGCUCCGUUAUACAAAUUUACUGGCAAAAAUGCUGUGUUUGAUCAGAAACGAUGGGGUAAAAAGGAAAAACGUGCAUAUGAUGAAUUAAAAAAGAAAUUAACAACAUCACCAUUAUUAUUACAUUUUCCAGAUCCGAAUCCCGAAUCAAAAUUUGUGUUGGCAACGGAUGCAUCAGGAGCAGGGAUGGGUGGAAUAUUACGCCAAAUAACACCGGAUGGUACAAAAGUCAUUAAAUAUUUAUCCAAGAAGUUCAAUCCUGCACAACAAAAAUACUCUACUACCGAAAAAGAAUGCAUAGCUAUUCAUUUUUGUGUUAAACAAUUAAAGCCAUAUUUAUGGAGUCAUGAAUUUACGGUAGAAACAGAUCAUUGCCCAUUAUGCAAUUUCCACCGUAAAGCAUCGAACAAUAGUCGUGUUGAUCGAUGGUCACUGGAUCUGUCGGAAUAUGAUAUCACCGAGAUUAAAUACAAGAAAGGGAGAUGCCAUUGUGAUGCCGACUUACUAUCAAGGUAUCCGUACAUGCAAGAGGAUAGCGAAGAAGGUCAACAAGAUAUAACAACGCGUCGAUUUAAGUCAACAACCAAAUUAGCCGGACAACAUCAAUUAUCGCAAGUAAAUGCUGUUACAAGGUCAAUGACCAGUUUGAAGAAUCAAGUACCAACAGGAGAUCGAGAUCAGAAAGCCAGAAUAAGAACAACAAAGGAUCAUCCAGCUCCAUCAUUAUUAUCAACUGGAUGGUCACAAAAAGUAGGUAGUGAUAUCAAAUCAAUCGAACUAAUGGACGUUCGGCUAGCCAAGAUAAAAGAACAACAACAAAAUGAUAAACUAAUUCAAGAAAAAAUUAAACAAGUGAAUAAAAAUUCGGCUAUACCCGACCUCACAAUUGUCGAUGGAAUUUUAUAUAAAUUAGUGAAUCGAGGUGGUAUAACCAAAAGAAAGCUGCCAUUUAUACCAACAUCCACGGUACAACAAAUAUUAUCGUUAAAUCAUGACCAUCCAUUAAGUGGUCAUUUUGGCACUCGUCGUACCUUCAACAAGAUUAAAGAUGAAUAUUAUUGGCCACAAAUGUUUGAUACAGUACAAGAUUAUGUACGGUCAUGUGAAAAGUGCGCGAAAUUUAAUGUUAAACGAACAAAGAGUCCGGGAUUUUUACAACCAGUACCACCACCCGAAGGUGUUUUUGAGGUGUUACAUAUGGAUUUUUGGGGUCCAACACCCGUACCAUCAGUUCAAGAAAAUCGAUACGUAUUGGUAUUUACCGACAGUUUAUCGAAAUUUGUUUUCGCUAAAGCGUUACCAACAAAUACAGCCAAAGUGGCAGCAGAAACAUUAAUGGAAAAUGUCAUCAUACCCCAUGGGACAAUCAAAUGUUUAGCAUCGGAUCAAGGUUCUCAUUUUAACAAUGAGUUACUCAGAACGAUAACAACGCUGAUUGGUGUUAAACAAUCGUUUUCAAUCCCACACCAUCCUCAAUCAAACGGACAGGUAGAAAGGUUCAACGCAACAUUCGGUGCCCAGCUAGCAAAAUAUCAAGAUGGCAACAUCAAUGACUGGGACGAAUACUUACAAGCGGUGGUGUCUGCGUACAAUUCAGGAAUCCAUUCGACAACUGGAUUCACACCGUAUGAAUUAGCAUUCGGCAGAAAAUUUGUCCAGCCAUUCGGUUCAACAUCAACAGCAAUUACAAUGUCAAGACCACAUGAUUAUUUUGAGAAAGUGAAACGAUUUAGAAUAGUUGCGAACAAUGCAGCACGAUUUAAUAUUCAACAGCAACAAAAAACAUCAAAGCAACGAUAUGAUAAAGGUAGGAAACAUUCAGUAUUUGCAGUUGGAGAUUUACUAUGGGUGAAGGUGAUCAACCAACAAUCCAAACUUGAUGCAAGAUAUGAAGGCCCAUAUACAAUUAUUGAAAAAUUAAGUGAGGUAAAAUAUUUAGUGAAAUAUAACGACGCCCAACAUCAACAAGUCAAACAUAUUAGUGAUAUGAUUCCACUGUUUCAGCGUCAGUAUUAG